GACGGUCAUGGGGCAUAUGGUGGCCAAUAACUGAUAUGACCUUUGAAUCUGCAAACUUCAAGAUGUCCGAAACAGGAGAAUCUGAAAAUCUCCCAGAAUGCACUAUGGAGGAGACUCCACCUCCAUGUUGUACCGCAGACACUGAGGAUGGUCAUAAAUCCAGCCAGCAGCCAAAAUCAGAUGGACAACUUAAAAAGAAACUGAAGGCCAAAGGGAAAUUAGUUCGGAGCACAGCUGUAUGUGAGGAGUCUUUAUCCACUAAGGAGAACAGCAAGGAAAACGAGAGCAAGACGGCUAUAUCUAGUGACCAUGAUGACAGUCCUGAGUGCGAGGAGGAGGAGGAAGAGGAGAAGAGCAUCACAUCUAAAAAAACAAGUUUAUCCAAAGAGCCCAGUCUGGAGUAUACCGACUCCACCGGCAUUGAUCUGGAGGAGUUUUUAAUCACGACUUUGAAGAGCAGUCCCAGGGACCGACUGAUGCUCUUAAAGCUCGAGCAGGACAUGACUGACUUUAUGACAGACAACAGUUCCUAUAAAAAGUUCCCUCAGAUGUCCUCGUAUCACAGGAUGCUUGUCCACAGGGUCGCAGCUUAUUUUGGUCUGGAACACAAUGUGGAUCACAGUGGAAAAGCGGUUAUCAUCAACAAAACCUGCAAUUCCAGGAUACCAGAACAUCGGUUUGCUGAACAUGUUCAGGAGGAGAAGACAGAGGAAAGAAGAUCAAUACUGAAGAGAGACACCAGUCAGGAGAAAGAAGACAGUCAGCUGAGGGUUUCAUCUCUCAAAGAUCAGAUGAGAAGCAAGUCAAUAGAGGAGAGAGAGGAGGAGUACCAGAGAGUCCGGGAACGCAUAUUCUCACAGGACCCCGCUGGUCUUUCGCAGAGUGUUUAUAUUGAGACCAGAGGUCUAGAUGACAGCAGCAUCCUCACUGAGACCCAGAGAAGACGCCAGCUCUUUAGGGGUAACCGGGACGGGUCGGGUCGGCUGUCCGGCAGCAGGCAGAGCAGUUUUGAGCUGGACUCGCACUGGAAUGACCCUCGACCCUGGAGCAGCACAGAUUCAGACAGCUCAACAUGGACCUCUAAAUCCCGUUCAGACAGCGGCUCCAAACUCUGCAAACCAGUGUCUGAGUCAUCGCUAUCAUACGCUCCACCCAACAACAGCCCUGCUUACGUUCUCGUGCCUGCUGAGUCAUCCAUACCUCCUGGGAGCAUCUUACUGAAUCCACAUACAGGGCAGCCAUUUCUGAAUCCUGAUGGAACUCCAGCCAUUUACAACCCACCAGUAAAUCACCAGCUUAACCCAGUACAGUCACAAGCCCCGCCCCCUCCACCUCAGCAGCAGCCAAUAGCAAGCCAUGGUGUCCCACAGGUUCAGUACUCCUCUGUGACGUACCUUCCACCUCAGCAGUUAAACGCUUCUACCUCUCAGCAACACCCAAUAGAACAGACUAGGGAAGACAUUAGCUCUAAGUUUGGUCACAUGACCUUGAGUCACCAGUCAUCAGGGGAUCUUCCAGAUAUGUCGUCAUUCUACGUGCAAGGAGCUCCGCCCACACAGAGCUAUGCUCCGCCCACACACGGCUACGCUCCGCCCACACACGGCUACGCUCCGCCCACACACAGCUACGCUCCGCCUCACCAUUCAGACAGUUACAUGAGUCCUGGAAUGACACUGGCUCCUCCCACAGCCCCGCCCCCUCCCACAGCCCCGCCCCCUCAGACUCAGCAGAGCAACCAGGUUUCAGUGUACAGUUACCCUGUUCAGUGUCCCAGUGCAGCUCAACAGUACGCAGCGGGCAGUUACAGCACACAAACAGGAUACCCGCCUGUGAUAUCUCACCAACAAGGUUGCCCAGGCAUGAUGGGAAACCAGAUUCUACCCCAAACACAGCAAAGCAUUAUGGGACAUUACCCAUCCGUGUCCUCCUAUCAGGUCCCGCAGCCGCAGCAGUCGUAUCCCUCUGCAGUGCUGGUGUCAGGACAGGCCGGGCAGAGCCAGUGUUUGGUUCCUCCUGCUGGACUGCAGCUGUACUGCAACUCCUCUCCCCCUCCACCGCUCAGUGUGAUGGGGCUCUCCUUCCAGUCCGGUAGCUGCAAAAAUGGCUGUAACGUUAAUCAGAACCAAUGCUGGUACUAAAGGACACUAUGUACCCACACAUAGUGUUAUAAACUCAUAUGCAUAUUCAGUGUUUGUAGCUGCACAUAAUGUCCUGUACAGCCUGUAGCACUCGAGUCUGAUCGCAUCUUCAGAUUCAGCCUUUUCUACUCUGUCAGAAACUUGUUUUGAAUUUUACGUUACAUGGAGAUUGAUAACGUCAUGUUUAAAUUGCUGUUAGAGCAUAAUUUAUACUAAAUAUGCUAUUUAUAUUAUGUUUUUGCUUAAUAUCCAUAAAAUGUUAUAUUUGAAUAGUAUAUGAUACUAUAUUUAUCUUGUUUAUAGAGGGCUAUAUUACAUGAGUGAGGAAUGAAACUAGAUUCUACAAAGUUUGUCGGUGUAGAACCUUUUAAAAUAAUGUUUUGUUGUUUUGUUUGUUUGUCAGAAUUUUAUUAGGAUGUAACAUUUGACCUGAUUGGACAAUAUCUAAGUGUGAUUUCUUAAAUAUAUGGCCUUUUAAUUGGUAAA